AUGUCGUAUCACUACUCCGACGCGGCAGAUGGUGAUAGCUUGCUUGAGAUGGAGAAAUUUACUGUAGAACGCAUGGCAGGACAGGGUACCUUUGGUACAGUUAAGCUAGGAAAAGAACGAGCCACUGGAGCACCAGUGGCUAUCAAAAAGGUUAUUCAGGAUCCUCGCUUCCGCAAUCGCGAGCUGCAGAUCAUGCAGGACCUCGCCUCGCCACGUCACCCGAAUAUUAUUCAGCUGCAGAGCUACUUCUAUACUCGUGGGGAGAGGCGGUACAAUGACAUCUACCUCAACGUCGUGAUGGAAUAUGUUCCGGAUACUCUGCACCGCUGCUGCCGGAACUAUUACCGCCGGCAAACCACGCCGCCGUUGAUUCUGAUUAAGGUAUUCAUGUACCAGCUUCUGCGCAGCAUCGCGUACCUCCACCUGCCGUCGGUGAACGUCUGUCAUCGUGAUAUCAAGCCUCACAAUGUUCUUGUGAAUGAAGCAGCUGGCAGCCUGAAGCUGUGUGACUUUGGCAGCGCCAAGAAGCUUUCUCCUUCGGAGCCGAACGUGGCGUAUAUUUGUUCACGUUACUACCGCGCGCCGGAGCUUAUUUUUGGCAAUCAACACUACACAACGGCGGUGGACAUCUGGUCGGUGGGAUGUAUAUUUGGUGAGAUGAUGCUAGGUGAACCCAUCUUCCGUGGGGAGAACAGCACCGACCAGCUCCACGAGAUUGUGAAGAUCCUCGGCCGCCCGACACCGGAAGAGCUGCAGAAGUUGAACCAAAAUCGUUUAGACAUCCCUUUACCAAAUAGCUCCCGUGUUCCAUGGAGUGAGGUCUUUCUGUACCCACACCCUCCUGAGGCGUACAAUUUACUCGGCAAGCUCUUGCGAUACUUGCCUGAGCAGCGUUUGGCAUCUUUUGAGGCACUCUGUCAUCCAUAUUUCGACGAGCUGCAUGACCCGACAACGAAGUUACCAGAAAACAGGGAACUACCCUCAGAUCUGUUUCAGUUUCUUCCCUGUGAAAUAGAGGCUAUGACAGAGAAGCAAAGGGACAAAUUGCUUGGAAAUAAGGAUAAAUAG